AUGACGCUUGACACGAAGGCCUGGCUCGUUUUCAGGGACCAGCCGUGGAGGCGUUUCGUACUCUUUCUAUCUUUUUACAAUGAGUAUCGCGAACUUCGCGUGCACUUCUAUGACCACUCGGGCGGCAUUGUAACCCUGCCAGUCGACAUACAUCGGGAGCCUGACACAUUCCAAUAUAUCAUGGCAUGUAUAGUUUUUGGCAGACGUGACUGCAUAGGAUUUGACCUCACAAUCACCAUGAACCCAAAGAUGAUAUCACCGAUUACCGUCAACGACCACGAAUAUCUUUUAUUAAAGGUCCUCUUCUCCUGCCAAGGACUCGUAGGCCGCGGAACCGUAUGUUACCUAGCUAGAAGGAACGGCGAAGAGUACAUUGUGAAGGAUCACUGGGUGAAAGGAAACAAGGAUGCCGUCUUGAACGAGGUGAAGAUGUUAGAAGAAAUGGAGGGUGUCUCAGGCGUUCCGGAACUUGUGGAAUACUGGCUCGUUGAAGUAGAGAAGGGUCAACCCGACGAGACGCAGAACUAUCGCCAGAUAAUCCACAGUAGCACAAUGAACAUGUCUCGCACACAUGUCCGUCUGGUCUUGAAACCUCAGGCACGUCCUUUACACAUGUUUCGAAGCAGGAAGGAGUUUGUCAAAAUAAUACGCGACAUUGUGCUUGGUGAGAUUGCUACUUACUUUGGUCGCAGUCUAUGUCAACUAAUUUUGUGUUACAGUUCAGCAGUGUGCGGUUGA